GGCGGUGGCGGCUCGGUGGGCUCGGCGCCUCCUCUCCCUCGGGCGGCUUCCCCGCGCGCUGCCCAGGGCGCUCGGCGGCGCCCGGAUGCACGCGGGCGGCUCGGCGAUGGCCCGCGCCCCGCGACGUGGCGGGUGGGCACGGGGGCGCCAGACGGCGCGGCCCGAGUGAGCCGAGGCCGCCCUCCUGCCCUCGGCCGGGGCCGCCCGGGAUGGCCGUGCCGCCGUUCCGCGGGGCGCUGCUGCUGUGGCAGCUGCUGGCGGCGGGCGGCGCGGCGCUGGAGAUCGGUCGCUUCGACCCGGAGCGCGGGCGCGGGCCGGCGCCGUGCCAGGCGGUGGAGAUCCCCAUGUGCCGCGGCAUCGGCUACAACCUGACCCGCAUGCCCAACCUGCUGGGCCACACGUCGCAGGGCGAGGCGGCUGCCGAGCUGGCCGAGUUCGCGCCGCUCGUGCAGUACGGCUGCCACAGCCACCUGCGCUUCUUCCUGUGCUCGCUCUACGCGCCCAUGUGCACCGACCAGGUCUCGACGCCCAUCCCAGCCUGCCGGCCCAUGUGCGAGCAGGCGCGCCUGCGCUGCGCGCCCAUCAUGGAGCAGUUCAACUUCGGCUGGCCGGACUCGCUGGACUGCGCCAGGCUGCCCACGCGCAACGACCCGCACGCUCUCUGCAUGGAGGCGCCGGAGAAUGCCACGGCCGGCCCCGCCGAGCCCCACAAGGGCCUGGGCAUGCUGCCCGUGGCGCCGCGGCCCGCGCGGCCCCCCGGCGAUGCCGUCCCCGGCCCGGGCGGCAGCGGCACCUGCGAGAAUCCCGAGAAGUUCCAGUACGUGGAGAAGAGUCGCUCGUGCGCGCCGCGCUGCGGGCCCGGCGUCGAGGUGUUCUGGUCGCAGCGCGACAAGGACUUCGCGCUCGUCUGGAUGGCCGUGUGGUCGGCGCUGUGCUUCUUCUCCACGGCCUUCACCGUGCUCACCUUCCUGCUGGAGCCUCACCGCUUCCAGUACCCCGAGCGCCCCAUCAUCUUCCUCUCCAUGUGCUACAACGUCUACUCGCUGGCCUUCCUCAUCCGCGCCGUGGCUGGGGCGCAGAGCGUGGCCUGCGACCAGGAGGCAGGGGCGCUCUACGUGAUCCAGGAGGGCCUGGAGAACACGGGCUGCACCCUCGUCUUCCUGCUGCUCUACUACUUUGGUAUGGCCAGCUCACUGUGGUGGGUGGUGCUCACACUCACCUGGUUCCUGGCGGCCGGCAAGAAGUGGGGCCACGAGGCCAUCGAGGCCCAUGGCAGCUACUUCCACAUGGCGGCCUGGGGCCUGCCGGCCCUCAAGACCAUCGUUAUCCUGACGUUGCGCAAAGUGGCGGGGGAUGAACUGACCGGGCUCUGCUACGUGGCCAGCAUGGAUGCGGCUGCGCUCACGGGCUUCGUGCUGGUGCCUCUCUCCUGCUACCUGGUACUAGGCACCAGCUUCCUCCUGACCGGCUUCGUGGCCCUCUUCCACAUCCGCAAGAUCAUGAAGACAGGCGGCACCAACACGGAGAAGCUGGAGAAGCUCAUGGUCAAGAUUGGGGUCUUCUCCAUCCUUUACACGGUGCCUGCCACCUGCGUCAUUGUUUGCUACGUCUAUGAACGCCUCAACAUGGACUUCUGGCACCUUCGGGCCACGGAGCAGCCGUGCACAGCACCCGCAGUACCUGGAGGCCGGAGGGACUGCUCGCUGCAAGGGGGCUCCGUGCCCACCGUGGCUGUCUUUAUGCUCAAAAUCUUCAUGUCGCUAGUGGUGGGCAUCACCAGUGGUGUCUGGGUAUGGAGCUCCAAGACUUUCCAGACCUGGCAGAGUCUGUGCCACCGCAAGAUGGCAGCUGGCCGGGCCCGGGCAAAGGCCUGCCGGGCCCCUGGGGGCUAUGGCCGUGGCACCCACUGCCACUAUAAGGCCCCCACUGUGGUCUUGCACAUGACUAAGACGGACCCCUCUCUGGAGAACCCCACACACCUCUAGGGACACAGGCCUGCAGGGGCGGCUGUUGUCCCCUUCUAGCCCCCCUCCGGAGGAGACAGCUGACUAGCAGCUGCCCAGCUGUCAAGGUCAGGCAAGUGAGUGCGAGGGGGCAGAGGACCAGGGCGGGCAGACUCUCCUUCAACCUACUGUCAGGACCCAGUGAGGCUUACUCCCAAAUCGCGUGGCGCAGGGAGUGGGCCUGGCUGAGUCCCUACAGGGUCCUGGGGGAGGAUGUGGAGAGUCGGAGGGGCAGAAGGGGGCGUGGUCCAGCAGGGAGUUUAUUUAAUGAUGUAAUUUAUUGUUGAGUUUCUCUGGAAGCUGUGACUGGAAUAAACCCCCGUGUGGCA